GGUCGAGUUCUGGAGGUGGCGGCGGCGGCGUAUGAGGUUUGGGAGGCUGCUGCGACGCUAGGAUGAACGCGCCUCCCGCCUUCGAGUCGUUCUUGCUCUUCGAGGGCGAGAAGAAGAUCACCAUUAACAAGGACACCAAGGUACCCAAUGCCUGUUUGUUCACCAUCAACAAGGAAGACCAUACGCUAGGAAACAUCAUUAAAUCGCAGCUGCUGAAGGACCCACAGGUGCUGUUUGCUGGCUACAAAGUCCCCCACCCCUUGGAACACAAGAUCAUCAUCCGCGUGCAGACCACACCAGACUACAGCCCCCAGGAGGCCUUCACCAAUGCCAUCACAGACCUCAUCAGUGAGCUCUCCCUGCUGGAAGAGCGAUUCCGGGUGGCCAUCAAAGACAAGCAAGAAGGAAUCGAGUAGUGGGCUGCACCCAGCCCUUCUCCAGGCACCAGGUGGACAAAAGCACUUCCUCCAGCCGUGGGCCUCCUUGUAGAAAGUCCCUCACCCCUGACACCGAUGUGUCCUGUACACAGAGUCUGUCUUAUCUUCCUAAUAAAGUGUGGCAGGAAA